AUGAACCUGGACUAUGCGCUCUUCGACCUGGGCGACUGGAAGCUGAAACAUGGCGGCACAAUACCUAAAGCCCAGAUUGCAUACAAGACAUUUGGAGAUUCGAAAUCGCCCGCUAUCAUCUAUCCCUCCUGGUAUAGUGGCCUGAUUUCCGACAACGAAUGGUUGAUUGGCAAGGACAAGACUCUGAACCCAGACAAGUACUUCAUUAUUAUCACUGCGCUCUUUGGAAAUGGCCAAUCUUCGUCUCCGAGCAACCGCAAGGAGAUCCGGCCUUGGCCUGAGGUGACAUUCUACGACAAUGUUCGUGCUCAGCAUGAGCUAGUGACCAAGAAAUUCGGAAUCACUCAUGCGCGAGCUGUGCUUGGCUGGUCGAUGGGAGCGGGCCAAACAUACCAAUGGGCUACACAAUACCCAGACUUUAUGGAUGUCGUAGUGCCAUUCUGUGGAUCCGCCAAAACAGCACUGCAUAAUCAGUCCAUGCUUGAAGGCGUGAAAGUGGCUGUCCUCGGAGGCAAAGGAGCUUCCAGCGGCGGAGUCUGCAAGGGCGAGGCCAAUAUCAAUUCAUAUCGCGCCUGGUCGGAAGAAGAGAAGGUGGUCGGGUUGAAGGCUCUUGGUCGUGUGUACUCCGGUUGGGGGUUCAGCCAGGCUUUCUAUCGCCAAAGGCUAUAUGAGUCGGUGCUUGGCUUCAAGGACAUUGAAGAUUUUAUGUUAAACUUCUGGGAAACCUGGGCGCUGUCUAAGGACCCGGACAACAUGGUCGCUAUGCUUUACACUUGGCAAGCAGGAGACUGCUCGGCACAAGAGCCCUACAAUGGCGAUUUUGACGCUGCGAUGAAGGGCAUCAAAGCGAAGGCUCUUGUGAUGCCAGGACAGACGGACCUAUACUUUCCUCCCGAGGAUUCCGAAGAUGAAGUCGCGCGAAUGAAUCCAGGAAUCGGCAAAUGCGUGCCAUUCCCCUCGAUAUGGGGCCAUUGGGCGGGUGGUCCUGGUCAAAGUACUGAAGAUGUCAAGUUCCUGGAUGAUCAGCUGCGCGAGUUCUUUGCAGCUGAUUGA